AUGUCGAUAAAUUGGGUCAUGUUAAAUCCAACAGGGGACUUCGUUAAGCUUCCGAAUGAGAGACCAGUAUCAACUGCUCAACGUAUCGGAUUCUCACUCACUACACCAAGGGCGUAUCCCGCACAGAACCCUCUAAACAUUCAAUCUAGCACAGGAUCGAUUCAUCUCACAAAUCAGCGAAUAGUCUACAUCCCUGAAAAGCCUAGUCCUGAGUUCAGAUCAUUCUCGGCAUCACUGCUCAACCUUCAUGACACCCACAUCUCGUUCCCUUGGUUCGGUCCAAACAUGUGGAUGGCACUCGUCGAACCAGUACCCGGCGGCAACAUUCCCCAGUCGCAUCAUAUCGAGCUCAAACUUACGUUCAAGGAGGGUGGCGCGCCGGACUAUCACAGCAGCUUCGAGCGCAUCAAGGAACGUCUGCAGCAAGCGGUGGAGAGUGCAAGGGAGUCGAAUUUGACGUCAGGACGACAAGAUGGACUUAGCGGUGUGAAUAUGGACGCUGUACAUCUCGAUGAGCUACCAUCCUACGAGAACUCAGGCAACGACCAGAUGGCACCUGUUAACGCUGUGAGUGCUGAAGAGGCGGCCGCCGAGACUGCUGCCGCCGAGGCUCGUUGGGCUGAGCAAGCACGACCGUCCGAAACAAUUUCGUCACAACCAGAACCACGUCCUGUGGCGGCGACCACGAGUGAUGGUCCACCAGGGUACGAGGAAGCGCAGCAGCAGAGUCUAGUGGAUGAGGUCAACCGGAGACUUGCGGAUCAUCCGAGUUCGUGA